GGUGCGGAGCGACGGGUGGAGAUGCGGUGGUGGCACGACUCGUCCAUCCUUUUAUUUGUCGACCGAGAAAUAGCAACAGCUGUAAGAAGAGAGAGAGAGAGAGGGCGAGCGAGGGAGAGAAGCUGGUUUCAAUUGGUGCAGCAUAUCUUUUUGAGUUCUGUGAGACAAAACCCCUUUCCCAAACCUCCUCCUCUCCUUUCUCUUAUCUCUUCCCCCAUUCAUUCAUCCUCGAAGCACGUGCCAGUCACGAGCCCUCUCUUUCUUUCUCAGAUCUGAAAAUACAUAUAUAGGCAUGAACUCAUCCUGAGUAGAGAGAGAAUCCAUCCACAGCGCAAGGAUGAAAAGAGAACAUCAGGACAGUAGCCGCAGCAUGGCAACGACCGGGAAGAGCAAGAUGCUAGAACCUGACGCAGGCGAGGACGAGCUCCUUGCCGUCCUCGGCUACAAGGUCCGCUCCUCCGACAUGGCUGACGUGGCUCAGAAGCUCGAGCAGCUGGAGAUGGCCAUGUACAACGGGCAGGAAGAUGGUAUUUCACAUCUGGCCUACGACACCGUCCAUUACAACCCAUCCGAUCUAUCCACCUGGCUCGAAUCCAUGCUUUCCGAAUUCAACACUCCAUCCGAACCGGCCAUCUCUAAGCAACAACAGCCGCAUCAAUUUUACGGCUCGGAUUGCAGCGACCUGCGGGCCAUUCCCGGAGAGGUUGUAUAUGGGAGAGAGGAAUUGGAUUUGGGCGAGCCUAGAGAGAAGAAACGGAUAAGAUCGGGGACUGCAGUGGCAGCCGCGGCCGAGUCGGCCCGCCCAGUCGUCCUGGUCGACUCGCAGGAGACUGGGAUCCGACUCGUUCAUACGCUGAUUGCCUGCGCUGAGGCCGUCCACCGCGACGAUCUCGAAUCGGCGGAAGCGCUGGUGAAGCAGAUCGGGCUGCUGGCCGCCUCGCAAGGGGGAGCGAUGAGGAAGGUUGCUACGUACUUCGCCGAGGCACUCGCCCGGCGGAUUUACAAAAUCAAACCGCGGGAUGCGCUGGAUUCGUUCUCUGACAUCCUGCAAAUGCACUUCUAUGAAUCCUGCCCGUACCUGAAAUUCGCCCAUUUCACUGCGAAUCAAGCUAUCCUUGAGGCUUUCGAGGGGAAAAGCCGCGUACAUGUGAUUGAUUUCAGCAUGAAGCAGGGGAUGCAGUGGCCUGCCCUGAUACAGGCGCUUGCACUGCGACCUGGUGGUCCACCAAUAUUCCGGCUAACGGGCAUUGGCUCACCGCAGCCCGACAAUACUGACACACUCCAGCAUGUGGGAAUGAAGCUGGCACAACUAGCAGAUACGAUCCAUGUCGAAUUCAGUUACAGAGGAAUCGUAGCGAACAGUCUCACUGACGUCGAAGCUUUCAUGCUAGAUGCACAUUCGGGAGGCGAUGACGAGGUUGUGGCAGUGAAUUCUGUGUUCGAGCUUCAUCGUCUUUUGGCCCACCCAGGGGCGAUCGACAGGGUACUGGCAACCGUGAAGGCGGUGCAGCCCAAGAUCGUGACGAUCGUCGAGCAGGAAGCGGACCACAAUGGGCCAGAUUUCCUUGACCGGUUCAAUGAAUCGCUGCAUUACUAUUCGACGAUGUUCGAUUCGCUUGAAGGAUGCGGGAUGUCGCUACCAGACGGCAAGGACCAGCUGAUGUCGGAAGUGUAUCUCGGGACACAGAUAUGCAAUGUGGUGGCGUGCGAGGGGUUGGAGCGAGUGGAACGACAUGAGACGCUAGCACGGUGGCAGGGCCGGAUGGGCGCGUCUGGGUUCGUGCCGGUGCACCUGGGUUCGAACGCAUUCAAGCAGGCAAGCAUGCUGCUGGCGCUGUUUGGGGGCGGCGAUGGUUUCAGGGUGGAGGAGAACAAUGGGUGUUUGAUGUUGGGCUGGCACACACGGCCCCUCAUAGCAACUUCAGCUUGGCAAAUCGUCGAACAGGAGAGUGGUCACUGAGUUGACUCGGUGCGAGUUAGUUCUGAGUUGUGGGGAGAGUGACUCGGGUGGAAGGCCGGCUCGAGUCUCCUUUCUUUCUUUGGUUUUCCUUUUUUGUAUCUUGUUAGUGUUCUUUUCCUUUGUAUCUCAAUGCAUUAGUACUUCAUCUGUAUUUUUAUAUAUAUUGUUAAUAAGAAGGAAGAUCGUUUAUAUAUUCAUAAAUA